UAUGCUGCAGGCCAUAAAACCACCCAGGCCACCCCUCAGUGUCAGUCACAAGGUUGUCCUUACCCAAUAGCUCAGUCCCAGCUCCACCCAACACACACACACACACACACACGGAAAGUGGAUCAUUCCAAGUUCACCUCCCCUUUCCUUACAAGCUCACUCUCAACUCAUCCCGUGGCCGCUUCCACUCCAGUGGAUUCAUGCUUGGCCCUCGCCCUCCUCGCCCACCAUGCAGAACAACCAUGCCAAAGAACACCUCUACAAAAUCUUGGUUAUAGGAGACCUGGGUGUGGGCAAGACCAGCAUCAUCAAGCGCUAUGUGCACCACAACUUUAGCCCAAACUACAGAGCCACCAUCGGUGUAGACUUUGCCCUUAAAGUGCUCAACUUGGACCAGGAGACUGUGCGCCUCCAGCUGUGGGAUAUCGCAGGUCAAGAGAGAUUUGGCAACAUGACCCGCGUAUAUUACCGCGAGGCAAUGGGCGCCUUCAUUGUGUUUGACGUGACAAGGCCCGCCUCCUUCGAGGCAGUUACCAAAUGGAAGGAGGACUUAGACUCCAAAGUGACACUGGCCAAUGGGAACCAUGUGGCCACGGUGCUCCUGGCGAACAAAUGUGACCAGGGACGGGAUGUACUCACCAAUAAUGGAAUAAAGAUGGAGCAGUUCUGCCAGGAGAAUGGCUUUGUGGGAUGGUUUGAGACAUCUGCUAAGGAAAACAUCAACAUUGACGAGGCGGCUAACUGCUUGGUGAAACACAUCAUCACCAGUGAGAACGACAUGCUCCAGUCGGAGGUCCACGACACCAUCACCCCCCAAUUAGAAACGGACAAAGGCGGGACGUGCAACUCCUGCUUUAGAUCGCAGUAAUGGCUCUCGACGCGUGAGCGUUCUUGUGUAUGUCAUUCCGCACAAAGUUGGACCGUGUGCAGAGGUAGAGCUUGUUGAUUUUUAGGGAGGAUGUUUUUCUCCUCCGACGGUUCGAUUUGGCUCGAGGAAGGCAAGAGCUGAAGGAAUGAGCGGACAAAAGAAAAGGUUGAGAACAAUAGACGAGGAUGCGUGUUCCUGUCAAAAACAAGGUCCCCCGCAUCUUUAGCACUCCACUUCUGUAACCAUGGAGAUGCGAUUAGUCUAUGAACAUGUUCAGAGGGGGAAUAUCUCUGUUCAAGGUUCAGAUUUUCAAUACAUGUUGGCUGUCACUCCUUAUGACCUUUGCAUCGCAGUCUCUCACCCACUCUUUGGUUUGCUUCACUCUUUUUUUUCUCCUCUUUUGUGUCUGUUUUCUACUGACUACAAACAGAGUGUUCUUUAUCUCCUUUGCAAUUAUGCCAAGCAGCUCUCCUCCGCAAAAAAACUAAACUGCAGUUGGAAAAUAAGCAGAUCUCGGACUCAUAGCCAGAGCGUUGGGGAUUCGUUCAACUCACGAGUUCCAAAUCAACUCAAAUAAGUUUACUAAUUGUACUUUCAAAAAAAACCACAUCAUUGUCCAAAGGAAAAAAAAAGUCCAAUUUGAAACAUUUGGUCAAUGGGGCACACUUAUCGAGCACUUUAUCUACACCACAGAUGUCAAAAUCGGGGCCCGUGAUCCAGAUCCUGCGACAUUUUAUGUGGCCAAUGUAGGCAAAUCAUUUGCGUCGACUUUGUGCCUUGCACAUUGUCUUGUUGCAGUGAAAUAUGCAAUAUUGCAAAAAUAUGAAUAAAUAAUAAAUGAAAAUGACCAAUCCGUCCUUUAAAAUAAAUUGAAAAAUAGUUGAACAAACAAUUUACUGGCUUUUGAUUUCUAAACUAGUUACCCAUCAAUUUGUUGUGUAUAUGUGACAAUAUAAGGUGAUCAUACAUUUUAUGUGGGUUAACAGUCAUAACAGCCCUCUGAGGAAAACCAUAACUAUGACGUGGCCAGUGACAAAAAGGAGUUUGACAGCGCUGAUCGACACCAUAUUUUGUCCAAAGUGUUUUACCACGCCUCUAUUUUGAAAACAUAAACGUUUCCACAUCAACCUACUGUGGCGUGCUGGAGCUUAUCCCAGCCGUCUUCGGGUAGUAGGUGGACGACACCCUGAUGAUGCCAGCCAAUCACAGGCACAUCAGAGCCAAACACUGUUCAUCAACCCCCCCCCCCCCCCCCUUCAAAAAACCAUGUGUAAUUACAAUGCUCUCUUCAAAAUGUAAUAUUCAUGCUUACUAAAUAGUUUAUUUAUAAAUGCAAUUAGAGUAUAUGAAAACAUGUAUAGUAUUUUUAUACUUAAGAUAGAUUUGAACAUGCUUCCAAAAUGUUAUAACAAACGCAUUGUUGCAAGAUAAGCAUACUAAAUGUAUUUUUAUUUGGACAUGCUGGUUUCAUAUAUACGUUAUAUCCAUCCAUCCAUCCAUUUUUAACACCACUUACCAUGAACAGGCAUUGUGGGGAGUUGCUGGAGCCAAUCCCAACUGACUUCAGGCGGAAGGCAGACUACAUCCUGAACUGGUCGCCAGUCAGUCGCAGGGCACAUAUAGAGACAAACACUGAGCGGGAACCGCCAAUCUUUCGCUGUGUAAAUACUUUACUCUAUAUACCGACAAAUUAUGAAACCAAAGAUGUGUCCAGUUAUCACCAAGAAUAAACCACAACUUUCCUGUCUGCCUGUCUCUUUAUUUUGAGUAUAUUUUUUGUAUUCAUAUGAUCACCAUGAAAGCAAUUUAACCUAAAAAUAACCAUAUGAAACUCUUUCGAGUGUUCUAUUAACCUACCACGUAUGUUUUUGGAAUGUGGGAGCAAAGCGGAACACCCGGAGAAAACCCACACAGGCACAGGGCGAAUAUGCAAACUCCACAUAGGAAGGCUGAAGCCUGGAUUCAAACCAUCGACGUCUGUACAGCAAUGUACCUAAAAAGUGUCUGCUGACACAAAGUAAAAAUAGUACAAUACUACUUGCUCUGAAAAUGUGAUGCUUUACGUUACUUCUGUUCACCACAAAAACAGGUGAGAUAGGCCGACACACAAAAGAGCUGUAACCGCUCGCCAUCUUCACCUUUCACCCACCUGCCUGGUGGAGGCAACGUAAGGGUACAGAGAAGCAAGAGCGAAUAGCUUUCACGUGAGUUGUGAUUGUAAUUUUCUUCAGCAACAUGUCAAAAGCCAAACCCUCACACAGGCGCGCACAUGCAAGUGCGCACACUUGCACAUUAUCAGAGUAUUUUCUGUAUUCAUUUCUCUGUUCACAUCUGGUCUCCUAAGCAACAAACCUCAACAGACACGACAGUGAGACAGAGAGAAUACAGGAGGCGUCCUAACAUGGAAUUUAAAUCACAAGACUCCUUAAGCGGCAUGUGACCGCGUGCUCACGUAAAGCCUGGCACACACAGGCUGUUAUCCAGACUUCUUUGAAACGCUCAGAUGAAUUUCUCAGAACGACUCGGCUGUCAUUUGUUUUUGCACGCAGAAGCUGCACCGUGACUAAGUUUGAUUUUAUGCUGUCGUUUAUCACUCGUUUUUCAAACAGGUGAAUGGAAUUCCAGUCAGAAAAGACAUCUGGCCCGGAUUCGGCAUGAAGCUGGCACAGCUGGCUUUGAGUUGGCACUGCCAUAGUGCAUGUGGGCCAAACACGGCUCAGGAGUGGCAAAGGAGGCACUGGCUUGACUCUGGCAAACCAGAUGAGGGCCAGAAAUCACUUUACAAAGUUUCAGAUUUAUUUUUUCAACACACAGCCUUGUUUUACAAUUGCACACUGAUGCGGAAUUCCAUUAAUCACACGCACACACGCGCGCGCACACACACACACACACACACACACACACACACACACACGAGGUUCAAUCAGGCCGGCAGUAUACCGGUAAUUUAAAAAUGCAUAAAAGACAGAAUUAACAUUUUUAAUAAGGUGCAAUUCAUUGCGUAUCCGCUAGGGGACACUGUUUUGACCAGAGAAGAAGACAACAGCAGCCUCAGUCCGUCACUGAGACAGACCCAUGACAGCAGAUGCUAUCAAUAGCACUCUCACAUUUACACAUUUAAUAGCACUCUCCUUUGUUUGUAAGGUGUAGGCAGGGAUUACAUUUAGAUUUUAUAUGCACGUGUAAAGGGUUUAAAACUUCCUUCCUUUAUGAAUCUUGUUUAAUCGCAAAGUGCAUUAAAGUUUGUACAAUCAAUGGGAUCAGUGGCAAUGCAUAUAUGUGAAUGAUAAAAGUAAAUUACACAUUUGUCGAAGGAAAUGUAAGGUGCUUCAUGAAAUGUUUUGUAAAAGAUACGUUCAUUAAAUUUCAACAUUUUCCAAA